AUGGAACCCGAGCCGUGGUUUGACGAUUUCCUCAUGCCGGACGCCAGUGACUGCGACCCUGGAACGAAUCACCAGUUGGAGAUGGCGCCGGUGCCGCCAAGCACCACCAGCUUUCAAUCCAAUAGGGUUGACGAAACGUCACUCCUCCUGACCGGUGCGAGCUUUGGUGUCGAGUCCAACACUAAUCAACAUUGGACGAACAACUACCAGGAGUCCUUUGGGCGCGAGACCACCGUGCCUCAUCCCAACAUGGCCUCGAACAGUCAGGAUCAUGGCUUCCUUGAUUCUGGAGAGCUGGGCGCUUCCUUUGUCGAAGACAACAGCAUACUAGAAUCCGGCUAUCCGCAGAUGGUCUAUAACGAUGUCAACGAUUGGCGAUCUGUUAAUGGGCACCGGAGUCCAUUACCAACCUUCAGCAUUCAGCAUGACGGCGAAACGCCAAGCGACAGACAGCAACUCGAUGCUGGACAGGGCUCGGAUGGCUGGUGCCAUAACCACCAUCAAUUUCCGUCAACGGAGGACACGCACGGAUCGAAUGAGUUUUACCACUCAGAUUCUGUUGCUGGCCAAAUGCCGACUGUCUUACUGGAGAGCCUCAUCAGCACGCUGAUUCUCUUGAUGGAAACAUCCCUGCGAUCGCACGGAGACCAACACUGCACACUCGAGCACCUUGGAGUCAUCUAG